AAGAAAGAAAGAAAUUUAUGAAGUCUCAUUUUCACACACAAUCCUGACUUUUUUUCAUUCAUCUAUAGUAUUUCUUUCGGCGAAAAAACUCCAUUGACCCGGCGUUUGACUUUUCUGAAGUCCAAUUGUAAUAAAUCGAACACACCCACUGUUCUUAGGACCCCCGUUUUUCCUUGAUUUUGAUCUGGGUUCAAUCAAAACAAAAAGAUUUGUAAGGAUGUUGAGAUGCUAUUAGCUUGUGGGAUGCACUGAACUUUUGUUUUCUAAAGGACUUUGAAUUGAAAAAGUUAUGUCUUUGGGUAAUAUCUCUAUGAUUGGCCACAAAGAUAUUGAGAUUCAGCGGCAAAGCUUAGAUUUUGCUAGCAGUGCAGCAAGUUCUGUGUCAGAGAAUGUGAAGGGAAAAGACCACAUUCAAGAUCAAGAAACCAUGGUACUGGUACUUAACGAACUUUAUUUGAAAGCUAGAUCACAAGAGAUGGAAAUCCUGUAUCUUCGAGAACAAAUUGCUCUUGCAAGUAUUAAGGAAUCACUGCUGUUGAAUGAGAAACAUGCACUAGAGAGAAAAUUUUCUGAGUUGCGAAUGAUUCUAGAUGAGAAGCAAAAUGAAGCUAUAACUUCUGCAUCAAAUGAGUUGGCCCGUAGGAAAGGUGAUCUUGAAGUAAAUUUAAACUUACUCAAUGAAUUAAAGGUCGCAGAGAACGAGAAACAUAUCCUUAUGUCAUCCAUGCUAGGGAUGUUGGGCGAGUAUGGUGUUUGGCCUCAUGUUACUAAUGCCUCUGCCCUCACCAACAGCAUAAAGAACUUACACGACCAACUGCAGUUGAAGAUAAGAACUUCACAUGCCAAACUGCGAGAAUUAGGUUUGAUGAUUGAAAAUGAUGCUAGAAAUUUUUUAGACAAAGAAACUCCUAGUACAAGUGUUACAAAUGAUCGACUCCCAAACCGUUCAAUGGAUGUUCAUGGUUUUUCACACUAUAACCAGUAUGUUGAGGGGCAACAUUCGGAACCGACUAGUAGCGUGUCAAGAUAUGUACAAGGCAUCGAUGCUACAAGAAUGACAAUGUCCAACACUGAUAGAAAUUUUGCAGGGCAUACUGUAGACAAUUUGCUUGACAGGAAUGAAUUGCAGAGAGGAUCUGAGCAAUGGAACAAUGAACAAUCUUUCCAUCAACCAACUAUGGGUGAUGGAGUUGCUUCCUUUAGUUCAGACGAAGAGGGUCCUGGAAUAGAAGGCUUUCAAAUUAUUGGGGAGGCUAAACCAGGAUGUAAACUCUUAGGCUGUGGAUAUCCUGUACGCGGAACUUCUCUUUGUAUGUUCCAGUGGGUUCGCCAUUAUCCGGAUGGAACUAGACAUUACAUUGAGGGGGCCACUAAUCCAGAAUAUGUAGUGACAGCUGAUGAUGUGGACAAACUUAUAGCCGUUGAAUGCAUACCAAUGGAUGAACAAGGACGACAGGGUUACAUUGUCAGAAUUUUUGCCAAUGAUCAUAACAAGAUAACAUGUGACGAAGAGAUGCAAGAGGAGAUUGAUACUUAUCUUUCCGAAGGCCAGGCAACGUUCAGUGUCCAAACACUGAUUCAACAGUUAGAUUCUUCUGAGAUCUGGGAGCCAACAACUGUACUUUUGUGGCGCUCUGGCUUUCAGGUUAAGGUUGAUAAAACUCAAGCUGUGUUAAUUGCAGAGAAAUAUUCUAAAGACGUUUUGAUCAAAAUACCCGUUGGCCUCUCAACACAGUUUGUUUUGACAUGUUCAAAUGGCUCGUCAUAUCCCUUCAGCACAAAUAAGGAUAUUCGAAUGAGAGAGACACUUGUGCUGACGAUGAGAAUCUUCCAGAGUAAGGCAUUGGAUGAAAAGAGGAAGGGAGCAUGACCGGUAUUUUUCACUAUAGGUGCAGUGUUUCUAGCCAUUCUUCAUUCUUUGUUGGGAAAACGAAAAGGCUAUAACCUUUAUAGCUACAUAGAGUUUUGUUUUGAAUCCUAAUAUGUAGUCAAAUAUAGAGUUCAUUUGUUUUCAUGUUUUGUUGUAACAAUUCAUUGUACAGGGUCACAUAUUUGACCAAAUAACAGGAUCUUUUACUGCAAUAUAUAAAGAUCCGACUUGGGCUUAGGUUAUAGUUCUUUUAA